AUGCCUGCGCGCACUCGGCACACUACAGCCUCAACCGCUGAGGUGCUCGAAGCAGAGGAGGAUCAACAUGGACUGCAAAAGUUACGAUUCAAUGAGCCUUUAUCGUGGCGGGUGGGAAAAUCCGCCAUACCUGUCGCGGACCUGCUGGACCGCCUCCAGGUACUUGCGCAAGAGCUGUCUGCAAUGGAACAGGAUGAGAUCGAUAAAGGAUCUCUGAGGAAGGUCUCCCAAGAGCUUGCUAAUGGGCAUCUUUUGGCGCACAGAGACAAGGGAGUUCGAGCGUGGGUUACGAAUUGCAUAGUGGACAUUCUGCGCCUGUGUGCUCCUGACGCGCCGUUCACUGGAAAUCAAUUAAAGGACAUAUUUACAUGUAUUGUGACAUCUAUUAUCCCUGCCCUCGGAGAUCCCUCCAACGCCUAUAAUGUACAGCAUAUCUAUGUCUUGAACUCUCUGGCCGAGGUGAAAAGUAUCGUUCUUUUGACAGAUUUGGACUCUCCCGAUGCUCUUGUUUUGCCUCUGUUCUCGUCCUGCUUUGAUAUCGUCUCGGGAUCAUCCAAAGCCUCGACUGGUGAGCAAAUCGCGAAGAAUGUCGAAUACGAUAUGACGCGACUGCUUGUGACCAUAAUCGAUGAAUCUCCAACUCUCGCCCCUGAGGUCGUGGACAUAAUAAUUGCCCAGUUUCUCCGCGUUGACCCUCACGUCAUUGAACAGCCUGGAAAGAAGGGGAAAAAAGUAGAGAUUGAUGUGAAUCAAGACACACUUUUGCUCAAAGACUAUCCGUCGGCUUAUGAUAUGGCCAAGGCCAUCUGCCACGCAUGUCCAGAAAAAAUGACGAGCCAUAUCAGUCAAUACUUCAACAAUGUCAUCAUUGAUGCAUCUGCUCCAUCAGGAACUUUAAAUGGGUCAAAGCAGUCUUCAAAUAGAAGACACAGCUUUGGCGAGUCAGAGGAUGAAGCCGAGGAUAUAAAAGAGCUAGGAAAGGCUCAUAGAUUAAUACGUGAGCUGUGGCGCGCUUGUCCUGAUGUGUUACAGAACGUAAUUCCUCAGCUGGAAGCCGAGUUGUCAGCUGAAUCAGUCUCGCUCCGUUUGCUCGCCACAGAAACUAUCGGUGCCCUUGCUGCAGGUAUUGGCAUUGCUGGUCCUCCUCCAGCUGCACCAAUGGACCCAUCCGCAUACCCACCGGUAACUUUGCGCGAUUAUCCUGAGAUAAUGCCUCAACCGAGCGUCCUGCAAACACCAUUGGCUCCCAAGCCUUUCGCGCAAGCGCAUUCAUCUGCAUACGAGAGCUUCUUGAGCCGCCGUCAAGACAAAUCUGCUUCCGUUCGCUCUGCAUGGGCUACCGCUAUAGGCCGCAUUCUGCUUACCUCUGCUGGAGGUUCGGGUUUGAACGAGAGUGAUGAGCAGUUCAUGGUUACGAGUUUGGCUAGUAUGCUUCGUGACGCCGAUGAAAAAGUUAGGUUGGCUAGUGUAGAUAUCAUCGGUUCAAUGGGCUUCUCGGACAUCAUGAAUAAACUUGCAAUUACUGGUGGACUCGCAUCGACUGAUUCAGUCAUCUCGAUCCUCGCGGAACGUGUCAAGGAUCGCAAACCGCUAGUGAGAGACCGUGCCAUGAGGGUUUUCGCCAAGAUGUGGGGUGUUGCUUCUGGAGAGAUAGAAGAAGGUAAUGAGCAAGUCAUUUCAAUUUUCAAGGACGCGCCUUCCAAGAUUUAUGACGCAUUUUACACGAACGACCCUGAAAUCCAAGCCCUCAUCGACCGUGUUCAAUUCGAAUAUCUGCUUCCUUUAAGCUACCCCCCAAUUAAAUCAAAGCAAGGAAAAACAAACUCAAGCCAAUCUCAACGACUGCGGGGCUCGCAGGAUACCCAGAAAGACGCUGAAGGGACAGUGGAUAAAAUCAGAGUACAGAGGAUUCUUACACUUCUAAAAGGUCUUGAUGAAAAAUCCAAAAAAGUGUUCUUUGCAUUUCAGGGUCGGCAGAUAAACCUGAGAACGGCUCUGACAAUCUAUUUACAGACGUGUGAAGAGUAUAAUGGCGGCGUUGUGGAAAAAGACGAGGACCGAGUCAAGGCCCAAUUAACUCGGGUGAUCGAUACCCUCGCCAAAUCAUUGCCAGACUCCUCGCGAGUGUCAGCCGAUCUCUGGAAGUUCGCAAAAAUGCACGACCGAAGGAACUACCAACUCAUCCGUUUUGCUAUGGCUGCUCAGAGCGAUUAUCGUACGGUCACCAAAGCCGUAAAAGAGCUAGCCAAGAGGAUCCAGAGUGGAAGCACACCUUCCUUAUUAGAAACUUUAACACCUUUCUUGUACCGCUCAAGCUCUCUCAUUUUCAAUCGCAGCCAUAUAUCAGCUAUCAUGGAAUUCUCACGUACCGAUGAGAAGGGCUUGGCUAAUCCAGCUCAAGAGAUGUUGAAGGAGAUAUCUUCCCGAAACCCAGAAGUAUUGGAAGCACAGGUUCAAGAAAUGUGCAAAGAUUUAGAGAUGCAAGCACCCUCUGAAAAAUCUUCCGAUGAUGUCAGCGUCGAGGAAAUACUCAAGGCUUGUUCGGGCUUCGCUAAGAAGCUGCCUGAAAAACUUCCUAAAGAGAGGAAAUUUCUGCAAGCAUUGAAAAACUAUGCACUUUUCAGCUCUUCACCUCGAGCAGCGAAGCAUGCUGUUUCCAUCAUUAUGGCUGUUGCCGACAAAAAAGAAAUGUAUGCAAAAGACUUAGUACAGAAGUGUGUCAAAGAAUGCCAAUUUGGGUCGAGCCACUUCCUGACUCGUCUGGCUACGAUUGCACAACUGAACCUCCUCGCCCCCAAAGAGACCGAUGCUGAGAGUACUAAAAUAGUCUCGAUUGCUAUCGAUCAAAUUUUGCUGACGAACCGGACCAAACAGCCGAAUUCGGAGUAUAUCUGGUCUGAUGAGGUCGAUGAAGAAACAAAGGCCAAAGAGCUCGCCCUCAAAAUCAUUGUUAAUCGGCUCCGUGGGAAUGAAGGGUCAAAUGAUGAAGAAUUCCGUAACCUUGCCGAGCCUGUGUAUAGUACUUUGAAUAAACUCGUUGCUGGUGAGGGCGAGAUCUCAAAAAAGAAGGACACACCCAGCACUCACAAACCUCAUUUGCGUCUUCAUGCUGCUAAGCUACUGAUCAAGCUCUCUGCCUCUAAUGCAUCAUGCGAUCAACUGCUCACCCCUGAAGAUUUCAACUUGUUGGCUUUAGUUGCUCAGGAUCGUUUGUUGCCUGUAAGGUUGGGUUUCAUCAACACACUACGAAAGAAAUUAUCACAGAAAUCCCUCUUAAGUGUUCGUUGGUACACAAUUCCCUGCUUACUUGCCUUCGAGCCAAGCCCGAAUUUGAAAGAAAGCACCCUUACAUGGCUUCGCUCUCGCGCUGCUGUUUUUCACAGGCAGAUGCAAGCUAUUGCCAAAGGAAAGGAACAAGCUGUUAUGGAGUCCAUGUUCGCUCGGCUUCUUUCAUUACUUGCCUACCAUCCAGAUUACCCGCCAUCAAACGAGGAUGUUGACACUCGACUGGCUGAACUUGCGGAUUUUGCUCGAUACAUUCUAUUUUACUUAUCCGCAGUUGCGAACGAGAACAAUAUCUCGUUGAUAUUCCAUGUGGCACAGCGAGUCAAGCAAACCAGGGACGGUAUUACCAGGUCUGACGAUAUUACAACAAGACUUCACACACUCUCAGAUCUAGCCCAAGCCACGAUUCGUCGUUUUGCAGAUAUUUAUGCCCAGCAAAACAAACUCGGUGGCGCAAGCGGUAGUGCAAGUAUCUUGCAGACUUACCCUGGAAAAAUGAGACUGCCUAGUACCUUGUUUUCUGCUAUGACAAGCCACAAGGAAGCCCAGGACGUUGCCGAUAAAAGUUUUCUGCCUGAAGAUAUUGAGGAUGCUCUGGAUAGUAUUGUGCGAUCCUGGAUGCGUCCCAAGAAACAAUCUCAUGCUGCAACUUCGAAGAAAAGGAAGAGUGAGCAUGUAGACACAAAUGGGAAUGGUGAACCAAAGAAAGCCCGAAAGCAAAAGUCAAUCGGUGCACAAAAGUCAUCAGGCUCUGCUAGCACCAAGGUCUUUAGAAAGAAACGUAGCGACGAAGAUGGAUGGACAUCUGACUAUGGUGGCGAUGAAAAAGCGGUCUCCUCAGCACGGAGAAGGAGUGGGCGCGGUGUUGGAAAAGGUGUCAGCUAUGCUGAUCGUGACAGUGACGAGGAUGACUUAGAGAUGGAAUACGAUCAAGACGAGGAGGACGAUGAAGACGAAGAUGACGACAACGAAGAGGAAGAAGAAACUAGAGCAGCAUCUGAAGACACCGAUGAAGAUGAGGAAAUGGAUGAUGCCGAGCCUGCACCACCCCUGAAGACCAAGAAAAAUUUGCCAGCAAAGAAAGUGUCAUACACAAAGACUGAGACUCUUCCAGUGCGACGAUCAAGUCGACGCGGAUAA